AUGCAAGAAGUGGAGACCAUUGAGACGAUCCUCGUUCUCCCUUCGGCCUCCCCGUUCUCCGGCUUCCAUGGGGAUUACCCUCGGGAGGAGACGCCCCGCUUCUCACACCUCGACACAGACAGGAACCUCGACGUCACCGUCCGCACACUCCGCAUCUACGCCGGCGGCGGCGGUCCCGCUGCUCUCGAUCCGUUCAAUGCCAUCACCGGAGCACUGUCCAAGGCCCUCUCGAGCUACUACCCCCUCGCCGGGAGUCUCCGUCGCCGGAGCGCUGGCGAUCGCCUGGAGGUGUACUGUGCCGAGGGACAGGGGGUGCCGGUGACCCGCGCUUCGUCGCGCGGGACGCUCGCCGCCUUGAACUACCUCGACGAUCUCGGCUCCGCCAUGGUGGAGCGUCUCGUGCCGGACCCGACGGCCGGCGAGGAGCUCGAGCACCCGCUCACGCUCCAGGUGACGCUCUUCGCUUGCGGGGGGUUCAGCCUGGGCAUGUGCGUCCACCAUUCCUUCUGCGACGGCGCGGGGUCCACUCUCUUCCUGAGCGCGGUGGCGGAGAUAGCCCGUGGGGCGGUCACGCCGGCGGUCGAGCCGGUUUGGGAUCGGGCAGCGCUGCUGGGACCGCGGAGGCCGCCUCGGACGGAGGUCGACUUGACCCCAGUUCUGCGGACAGCUGGAAGGCUUUCCGAUCCGUACGGAGCGAGGGACGGCGGCGGCGCCGUCGUCAGAGAGUACUUUCACGUGAGCGACGUGUGUUUAGAGCGUCUCAGGACCCAGCUACAGGAGGCGUCCGGAUCGUCCAGCUUCACCACGUUCGAAGUUCUGGUUGCGUUCAUUUGGAAGGCGAGGUUCGUGAAAUCUUCUUCCUUCUUUCUACGCUUCGAAUGUCUGGAAAUCCAAACCUUGAAGCCAGUCACUGUCGUAGGGUCAAGGCCGCACGGGUUCCGACCGGCGAGAAGGUCAAGCUCGCCUUCUCGAUGAGCAUAAGGAGGCUGCUGAAGCCAGGCCUGCCGGCCGGCUACUGGGGCAACAGCUGCGUCCCUGUGUACGCCCAGACGACCGCCGGAGAGCUGGUGGCGCGGCCUCUUUGGGAGACGGCGCAACUGAUCAAGAAGAGCAAGCGCGGCGUCACGGAGGAGUACGUCCGCUCCUUUAUCGACUUCCAGGAACUCCACUACGCCGACGGGAUCACUGCCGGCGAGAACGUCAGCGGCUUCACCGACUGGAGGCACCUGGGCCACUCGGCCGUGGACUUCGGCUGGGGGAGUCCCGUCUCCGUCCUUUCCCUGUCCUUCAAGCUGCUCGGGAGCUUGGAGCCCUGCCUUCUCUUGCCCUACCCUUCGGUGGGCGGCGUCAAAAACGGCGGCUUCAGGGCUCUUGUGUGUCUAGCCAUGGAUGCGAUGCCGGCUUUCAGAGAGGAGAUGAAGGGUUUAGCGGGUGUCGAGAGUAGAGUAUAG